AGAUUAUUUUUGUACCGGAGCAUCCCGUCCCCUCCUUUCACUGCUCUUCCAUUACCGUAGUCCGUAGCUAAUUGCUCUCUCUAGCACUGUAUCGAUCUUCAAGCCUCGCUUCUUUUCGAUCUCCCUCUAUCGAAAUUAGGGUUUACAGUUUCCUAUUUACACCUCCCCAAUUCCAUGCUCCCCUGCUAGAGACACCAACACUUCACAGAUCCCCAUCCUCCUUCGCUCUCUGUCUUCUUAGCCGCCAUGUUUUGGAAGCUCCCCUCCAUAUCCGCCUCAUCUCCGGUCGAGGCAGUAUUGGACAAGGAGAACUACAGUUUGGAAGAGCUUCUGGAUGAAGAAGAAAUAAUCCAGGAAUGCAAGGCCUUGAACAGUCGUCUCAUUAACUUUCUGAGAGAUAAAGCACAGGUUGAGCAAUUGCUUCGCUACAUUAUUGAAGAACCACCAAACAAUGCGGAAAAUAAACGGGUCUUCAAGUUUCCGUUCAUGGCCUGUGAGAUCUUUACAUGUGAAAUUGAUGUCAUUUUGAAGACCUUGGUGGAUGAAGAGGAGCUCAUGAACUUAUUAUUCUCCUUCUUGGAACCUGAUCGUUCUCAUAGUACCUUGCUGGCUGGGUACUUCAGCAAGGUUGUUGUUUGUCUAAUGAUCCGGAAGACAGGACCACUUAUCAGUUAUGUUCAAGCCCAUCAACAUGUAUUUCGCCAACUGGUUGAUUUGAUAGGCAUAACCUCCAUCAUGGAGGUUUUGGCUCGAUUAGUUGGUGCGGAUGACCAUGCAUAUCCCAACUUUAUAGAUGUGAUGCAAUGGUUGGCUGAGAGCAACCUGCUAGAGAUGAUUGUUGAUAAAUUAAGUCCCUCGAGUCCUCCUGAAGUCCAUGCCAAUGUAGCUGAAACAUUAUGUACAAUAACCCGGAUUCCAUCAUCCACUUUAGCUAUUAAGCUUUCAAGUCCAAGUUGUGUUGCAAAAAUUUUGGAUUACGCAUUGGAAGAUUCACAAUCGAAGUCUAGCCUUGUCAACUCACUUUCUGUGUGUAUUUCUUUGCUGGAUCCCAAAAAAUCAGCUUUUUCAUCUCCACUUUUUCAUUCAUUCCGAAAUCAAAACAUGUAUGAACCACUAAUUCCUGUAAACCCAGAUACUAUUGGUGCAAUGCUCCCUAAAGUUGGUGACUUGCUUGUGCUUUUGGAUGUGUCAUCUGAUGACAAGGUAUUGCCGACAACAUAUGGUGAAUUGAGACCUCCACUUGGCAAGCAUCGAUUGAAGAUCGUGGAAUUUGUUGCAGUACUUUUAAAAACCAGAAAUGAAGUGGCAGAAAAAGAAUUGGUCAACUCAGGAACCAUUGGACGAAUCGUUGACCUUUUCUUUGAGUAUCCGUACAAUAACUCCUUACACCAUCACAUAGAAAGUAUCAUCUUUUCAUGUUUGGAGAGCAAAGCUGAUGUCAUUAUUGAUCAUCUUCUCCGAGAUUGUGAUUUAAUUGGGAGAUUUCUCCAAGUAGAUAAGCAAUGUACUCUUUCUGCUGAAGGCAAUCAGCGAACAGUACCUGCGGCUGGAAAACGGGCGACACGGGUAGGAAACAUUGGACAUAUUACCAGAAUUGGUAAUAAACUCAUUCAGAUGGCUCACAACCAAAGCCACAUUGUGGCAUGUCUUCAGGAGAACCAUGCGUGGAAUGAGUGGCAAGCUACAGUUCUUCAGGAGCGGAAUGUGGUUGAGAAUGUUAACCGUUGGGCUUGUGGACGUCCAACUGCAUUACAAGAUAGGAUGAGGGAUAGUGAUGACGAUGAUAUUCAUGAUAGAGACUAUGACGUUGCAGCAUUAGCAAAUAAUUUGAGCCAGGCUUUUGGAUACAAAAUUUAUGGAAAUGAGGAGAAUGAAGAGGAUCAUGGUGGUGUUGAACGAGAUGACGAGGAUGUCUACUUUGAUGAUGAUUCUGCUGAAGUAGUCAUAUCGUCACUUAGACUUGGUGACGAUCAAGGGAGCAAUCUGUUUACAAACUCCAACUGGUUUGCAUUCCAAGAUGACAGCAUUGGUGAUGAAACUGGUGGAAGAUCAUCCUCUGAAAUGAUGGAUGAGAUAAACUUGAAUGGAGCUGUAAAUGGUGGUAGAAACAGUAGUGAUGAUGAGGUAGUGGUUGGAGAGGAUGAAGAAUUAGCUGACAGCAAAAAUACUGUGAAUGGCACGUCUACCUCAAGCCCAAACAUACUCAAUGGAUUAACUGGUAGUGAUUCCAUGAAUGAAGGCACUUCAGAUUUUGAAAGUGAGAAAGCAAGCACUUCGCAUGACAUGGGAUUCCACAAGUUUGAGGCAACAGAGGAUGAGGACUUGUUUGGGGAGAGGCCUUUACCAGAUUGGGUAGGAUGGGGUGAGCCAUCAGAUAUGCAAGUUGCUGGCUCAAGUAUGAAUCCUUUUAUAGAUCAUGGUGACUCUGCUAGUAAUUUGUCAGUUAAGUCUCAUCUUGGCAACCAGAAUACGAAUUCUUCAAAUGGGGAAUCUUUAUUAUCAAAUGGGUCACCGGUUACUAGAGACUCAAUGGAUGGGGGUGGAGAUUCAAGUCAAAGAUCGGUAGCUGUACCGUCGUUAUUUGAAGAGGAUGUGGAGUUUGUAGGUGUAGAGUUAGAAGGGACGGGUAAGGCAAUGGAACAAGCUCUCAAAGAAGGGAUAGUUGGGGAAGCCGAGCCAUUAAAAAGAAACGUAGUGCCAAAAGUGCCAGAAAAGGAAAGUUCUGAAGAGGACAGUCCUGGUGUGAAGGAGUUCAAUGAUGCAAAUUACUGGAGGGUUGACCAAGAGGUUGCUGUUCUAGAUUGAUGAACAUGGUGGUAAAUAUUGAUUUUAUUAUCUGUAUGAUAUAUUUGGACCAACACUGGUGGACCUUAUUCUCGGUUCGCAAGGUUAUGCAACAAAUUAGUGUACAGCAUAUUUUUGUUUCAAUUAUGUUCUGUUUCAGCUUAUGAGAUAUGAAGUUUUUCUUUUAUCAAUUUAAAGUUUUGCAUACUGCAAGUGAUUUAAGGGAAACUCUGCAUUUAUUGAAUA